CUGUUUCACCGAGCGCUCGGAGCAGUUCGGUCGGGUUGUUGCUUUUGUGGUGUGUCUUCUAGGCUAGGCGCGCUCGCUCGUAAGACAGUGCUCGCGUUCCCGUUAGUGUGUGUGCCGCGCGCUACCCGUACGGAGAGGCACGCUCUAAGGAAAGGAAAGGAAAGCACGCACCGAAAGGGUUCGCGCAAUCCCUAUGCGGCGCCCGUCGAAGCGCAGCAACGCAGCGAAAGCGAAAUUUUAAACAACAUCCGUGAAAAGUGUUUGUUGCUUCCUUUCUGUGUGAGUGCGUGCGUGCCUGCGUAAAGGCCCCUUGGUAAGGCCCAGAGCAAGUAGAUAGAGGCGAAUUCUUUUAUUCAAAAAAAGCGGAGCUCCUUCGUUGCGCAAAAAUAACCGCAAAGUGUGUGCGUGUCCGUGUCCGUGUGUGUGUGUGUUUGUCAGUGUGCUCAGGAAAACGGGUUUCGGCUUUGACUCGUUAACGAAACGCGGUGGCACGCGCGCGCGGCUCCAGACGGGGCAGAGCGGCGGCGGAGUGUUUGAUAUGUGCGCGCGUGCUACUUAGAUGGAGCGCAAAGCGGAACAAAACAUCGCGACCGUGUUGCGCACGCGCGCCCCCUUACGCGAGUGCUGUGCGUGAGUGAGCGAAACGGCGAAAGAGAGUGAGAGUGUUAGAAAGAAGUGAGAGAGAGAGAGAGAGAGAAAAAGAUAGAGAGAGUGUGUGUGUGAGAUAGAGAGAUAGAUAGAGAGAAGGCGAGUGCGCGCGAUCAUAACUGGCGCGAAAAGCUGUGACGUAACACGUGGUGUGCAAUAAUCGGGAAGAUUUAAUUCUGUGCCACAGUGUGUCCGUGUGUUUAUAUGUGUGUUUGUGUGUGUGUUUACAGUGUACACAGCUACGUGUGUUUAUGUGUGAGAAGAAAAGGGAGAGAGCAUUAUUUUUCCGAUGUGUGUGUAUCUCGGUGUAUGUGCCUGCGAGCCAAGUGAUCUUUACAACAAAUCUUCACUGUUUAGCCGUGCGCGUUUUAUCGGAGCGUUUCUUCAAGGAGCUUCUUGCAAAACUGCCAACUGACAGCUUACACCCCCUUCCCGCCCAGCCAUAUGAUCGCCGCUGAUUAGACCUGCAACGCGCAACAACAGUGCUUGAUAAGGCACCCCACCCCAAGAGCGGGCCAUUACAAAAGAAGUCAAUGGGCCACACUUAAGGUGUACGGUUUUACAGCAACAGAUAGUAGGAAAAAGGGUUACAAGUUGAUCGAUAAGCACCCCUCAAGGCCAUAAAUCAUUACCGGCUGCACGCCUUCGUAAGUGCACGGUGGUAACUAGAUAGUCAAUCUAAGCCAUUCAACCCACGAAACCAACAAUCAGUUAGUCAAAUACGUAGUCAAACCAAAAAAAAACAAAAAAAAACAAAACUAUACAUACAAAGUAAAGAAAUAGUCAGUCUGUAAGACACUUUUUAGCGAAAUUGCAUAGCAAAUCUAGAAAAAGAAGAGGUGCAAGGAAAAAAAGAAACAUUGAAGCAUACAAAAAGGCAAACCAUUUGCAACUGACACCAAAAAACAAAACAAAUCAAGGGACGGUGCAAACGAGCAAACGUUGCAAAGCCAAACCAAAAGCAGAAAGGGCAGAAAAAAGCUAAUAACAAAAUAACAAAUCAAAACCAUGGAUACCAAAGCAGCAUCAGCGGGACCCGCCCCGACGCAUUUACCUUCGUCCACAUAUCCAGCGACGUCACCGUACUCGAAGGGUGCCCGGUCGUCGCACCAGUAUUUUAGUCUAAGAUGGAACAACUACCAGUCAAACAUGACGUCCGUGUUCCACGAGCUGCUCGAGUCACAAUCAUUCGUCGAUGUUACGCUAGCCUGCGAAUACAACUCACUAAAGGCGCACAAGGUGGUUCUGUCGGCGUGUUCGGCGUACUUUCAAAAAAUUCUCCUGGACAACCCGUGCAAGCAUCCGACCAUCAUACUGCCGGCCGAUAUAUGCUUUUCCGAUCUGCAGUUCAUCAUCGAGUUCGUGUACCGCGGGGAAAUCGAUGUCUCCGAGGCAGAGCUGCAGAGCUUGUUACGGACAGCGGAGCAGCUGAAAAUUAAAGGCCUGUGCGAGGUAGGCGAACCACAGUACGAGCAGGACUACUCGCCCGCACUAAAGCGCUACAAACCGUACCGGUCACGGUCGCCCCCGGACAACCGGCAUCAGCACCAUCACCACCAGCAACCACCGCCCCCACCACCACCCUCCGGUGCGUCGGGAUCGACCAGUGGUGGCCGAUCCGGUUCGUCCGCUGCAGGAGCAGGAGGAUCACACGGAAGCGGUGGCAGCAGUGGCGGCAACAGCAGCAACAACAACAACAACAACAACAGUUCGUCUUCCUCCCAGUCGACGGGAUACAGCGAGAACGGUAAAGGCUGCAGUACCGGCAAGGGCGGCAGUGGCGGAGGUAGCGGCGGUCUAGGAUCUGGGGCAGGGCGCACCCUCUACCAUCCCUCACAGCACCAUCACCCGCUGCACCAUCAUCUGCAUCAUCAUCCGCACCACCAUCUGCAUCAUCUGCACCAUCCCCCGCCACUCGGCGGUGACCCGCGGACGACGACCACCCCUGGCCAUAUUGUCGAGGACGACGAUGAUGGAUCGGUGCUAGUGGUCGAAACGCACGAUCUGACUACGACGGGAUCGAAGGAUAAGCAUUAUCAGCAGCAGCAGCAGCAGCAGCAACACCAUCAAUCGCAACAAGCGCACCACCAUCCUCACCCGCAUCAUCCUCAUCAUCCGCAGCAGCAUCCACUCGGUAGCAAAAUGGCCAGCCUAGGGAUGGGCGUUGGAAUAAAUGGUGGUUCCGUUAUGGGCGUGCCGAUGGGAUAUUUGGACUUUGCACCAGAGCCUCCAGCACCGACGGCGACGCCAGUGACAGAGCAUGUGGACAUUAAUUGUGCGCCUAGCAGCCACGAUACACGUGAUCUGUCCAGUAAGUAUUCUGUGCCAAACGAUGGUGACUUACGAGUGAAAUUCGAAACGUUACGUUCGCUAGAUCCUCCGAAUGCGGUGCAACUGGACAAUCACACAGUCAGCCAUCAGCAGCAGCUUCACCAUCAGCAACAGCAGGCGCAACAGCAGGCGCAACAGCAGGCGCAGCAGCAGCAGCUCCUGCAGCAACAACAGCAUUUACUGCAACAGCAGCAGCAACAGCAGCAGCAGCAGCAGCAAAGACAGACACCGCAGCCAGCGGGUGCUCAACAGCAGCAGAAUGACCAUCAGCGGCACUCGCCGCCGCACAUGCAGCAGCAGCAACAACCACAGCAGCACGUAAUGCUGAUGGAUCAACAGCAGCAGCAGCACCACCCAACCACCCAUAGUCCGGCGUCAAGUGUGUCGUCCUCAUCGUCCAGCCAGCAUCCGGAGAACUUGGUUACUGGCAGCGGUGGUGCUGCCGGCUCGGUGACGCCUGGUCCGCCCACCAACAAUAGCAACGGCAACGGAGCGGGCGGCGAUGAGCUGAAGCCGAGACUGAACCUGAAGCAGGAAAACAUCAGCGAUGAGCAGCAGCAUCAAACGAUGGAGGUCGAGCAAGACCAGUCCUCGAUGCACGGCAUGGUGGUAACGCCGGAAAUUUCGGGCAUCAUGAACCAGAGCCAAAUGAGCGAUAUGUACCAGUCGGAUGCCAGCGAGGACUCGAAGGUGGGCAUUCUGGACGGUUCCUCGAUGCAGUACACCAAUCUGACCAGCCCCAACGAAGCGAAAACGCCUACCGGACCGAAAACAUGGACCGCGGAAGAUAUGGAGUCGGCGCUCGAAGCGCUACGCUCUCACAACAUGAGCUUGACUAAGGCCUCUGCUACGUACGGUAUUCCAUCGACGACACUGUGGCAGCGGGCGCACCGGCUCGGCAUCGAUACACCGAAAAAGGAGGGUCCGUCCAAGACGUGGAACGAGGACUCGCUCAACAGCGCACUGGAAGCGCUACGGACGGGCACGAUCUCCGCCAACAAGGCCUCGAAAGCGUUCGGCAUACCGUCGUCGACGCUGUACAAGAUUGCGCGCCGCGAAGGCAUCCGCCUGGCGGCGCCGUUCAAUGCCGCACCCACCACCUGGUCCGCGGAAGAUUUGGACCGUGCCUUGGAAGCGAUCCGUGCCGGGCAGACCUCCGUACAGAAGGCCAGCACCGAGUUCGGCAUUCCCACUGGCACACUGUACGGGCGCUGCAAGCGCGAGGGCAUCGAGCUGUCCCGAUCGAAUCCCACGCCCUGGUCCGAAGACGCGAUGAUGGAGGCGUUGGAAUCUGUCAAGCAAGGACACAUGUCCAUCAAUCAAGCCGCCAUCCACUAUAACCUACCGUACAGCUCACUGUACGGCCGGUUCAAGCGCGGCAAGUACGAUACGCCCAGCUCGGGAGGCGGCGGCGGUGGCAGUUCGUCCAAUGCUGCUGCUGCUGCUGCUACCGGUGGAGGCGGCGCGGGCAGCGGUGGCGGUAGUGGCGCCGGCAGCGCCGCUAGUGCCGGAACAGGUGGCAAUAAUGUUGGCAGUAGUCCCCAGAUGGAGUUUAAAAUAGAACCACAGCAUAACGAUCAUAGUCCAGAGAACACGCAACAUUACAAUCCUGCACUAUCGGCUUCCUCGACGCCUACAAGUAAUACGCCAACUCAGCAGCAGCAGCAGCAGCAGCAGCAACAACAGCAGCAGCAGCAGCAGCAGCAGCAACAACAGCAACAACAACAGCAGCAGCAACAACUUACUCACCAUUUAGUUCAACAGCCCCCGUCGGUGCUACCGGUCAGCAUUCACAUUGUCGAUGCGGCCGCCCAUCACCAUCUUGCGCAUCCGCAUCAGCAGCUGCACCAUCAGCAGCAGCAGCAGCUGGCGCAGCCGCAGCACGUGGUGGUAGCGCAGCACCAGCAGCAGCAGCAGCAUCACCAUCUGCACCAUCAGCCGCAGCUAAUACAGCAUCACAUCAUUCCGCAGCAACAUCACAUAAUAUAUCAGCAGCCGCUGCAACCGAUCCAGCAGCAGCCACAGUACCAUCCGAUGUACCACAUCAUCAAGCAGGAGAACGACAGAAGUUGAAAGCAGCGGCGCUCCCGCCAACAUCGGUAUGGCGGUACGCACCAUCCUCAUCAUCAUCAUCAGCAGCAGCAGCAGCAGCAGCAAUCGCACGAUGAUCAUGAUCCGCAGCAUCAUCUUCAUCAGCAACAGCUGUAUCAUCCACCACAGCAACAACAACAGCAGCAGCACCAUCAUCAUCAUCAUCAGCCGAUGCAUUACGAGGAUGACGGUGCAUGAUGAUGGGCGGUUGCGAGGGAGAAACAUCCGCAACAGUUUACACAGGACUACUAAAAAGGUUAAUGCGAGAGGAAUCUUCGUUCUGCCUAGCCGCCGGAGGAGGAUAUUGUAGCAAUGGGCUCCACUUGUUCGUGGGUUGUACCGAACGGAGCAAAGCAACAUCCUGCAAGGAAGAGAUACGUCCCAAACGUGUGUGUGUGAUUUCUUUUGCGAUGUUAAGACUAUCAAACGGAAGCUUGAUCAAAUAUCGAUGCAAAAGUAGCAGAAAUAGAUCUGAAAAAGCCAGUAUAACCCCUUCUAGCAAAAACGUGGCAGACGAAAUCACACACACGAGGCGCGCAUUUGCUGGACAUUAAUUGUAGUAAAGUUAAUGCUAAAGUUAUACCUCUUCUUAAGUUACUAUCGCUCCGUUGCUCUUCCAUUUGUGAGGUAUGGUGUACAGUAGAAACAAAAUCAUGGAGGUGUAGUGUAAGGUAUCAAGCGCGCAUUAUUCCACAGUGCCGCGAGGAAUCCUGCUUGCUGUGUGGAAUAGGAUUGAAGACCGAAUGGGAUACGCUGGGAUUCAUUUAGAAGCAAAACUAACAAAAAACUGAGCGAUACAAUAACAUUUUAAAUACUGUUGAUAGGAAAAAGAUGUGCUAGUAGGAGUGCCGAGAGAGUAAGCAGUGCGGCGAGUGUGUGUCGUCCAGUGUGUAUAGUGCAAGGUUCAAGAACGGUUCAAACCAUUAUUCGCCUUAAACCGGGGACGCGGGGGACCUUCGCGUCUGGGAUCUUCUUUCCAUCAUAAGGGGAGCACAUGAGAGAGAGAGAGAGUUACAGAGUGGAGAGUACUGCGCAAAGAUACGGUAUGUUCCGUAGCAAAGCACAUGAAUAGUGAGGCCCCCGUUCAGCAGUUCAGCAAGUCCGUACCAUGCACGAGGCUGGAGUUGAUGUUGAUUUUUUUGAGGAUUUAUGUUGUUUUGUUUAUUGCCAAAUGGAUGUUUUGUUUUUUUUACACUUACACGACUGCGCAUUCCAUAUAUCGACGAAAUGUGAAGGGGGAAACGAAACAAGAAAGAGUGGAGCAUUGCUUUAAGAAAGAAGAAAGGUUUUUGUUUACAUAAAACACAAAAUGUCAUUUGCAAUAGGGGGAGGAGAUGCGUGGAUAGUCUCUCGUCUCGUGGAGUGUUUCCUCUGCUGCCUAACAAUUAGAUUGCAGUGUGCAGUGUGUGACAAACGUUGGCAAAUGUGUAGCGUUCGCUAACAAGUAUCAAAUCAAACGAAACGGACUGAAUUAUUACGAUUUUUUUUGUGUGGUAAGAAAUUAGCUUAAAACCCCCCUCAAGAGGAAAACAAUCUCAUUUGCAAAAGAAACAUAAAAUCAACAUGAUGUCUAGAUUUUAAUUUUAGCGUUGAAGACAGGGAGACAAACAGCCCCGUCGAUAGGUGAUAGAACGAUGGCGAUACUUUAAAGACCGAUUGGUUCGUCGAGAACGAGAGAGAGAGAGAUGGAGAGUAGAGCAAGGUUAAAUAUUAUGUUAGUGUAAAAUCGCACGUAAAUUGAUGCUGUGCAGCGAUAAAUUUAGUUUGUUUACUUCCUUUUGUAUUGUUAGCGCGCAUGGUGAGUGUGCGCGUGUUUGUGUCUCUACGCUGUUGCGUCGUUUUGGCGCAGCACAGGCGGGCAGCGUUUGCGUACAGUCCAUCUUCCAACCCUCGAUAGGAUGCAGACGAAGGAAUUUCUCAUCGAAUGACAAAUGCAAGCUUAAAGUGUCUGGAGUUACAUGUAUACAUAUUCUAUUGCUACUACACUGCAACAACUAUUAUUGCAAUUAUGCGAAUAUCUAUUGAUUUAUGGUAUUAUUACAUUUUGUCAUUAUUCUAUUAUAUUAUUAUUGUGCGACCGAGAAGGCAGCAAUGGGGCUGCCGGAAGGAUCAUUCGCAAUUAUUGUGAGAUUAGAUCGCGAGAAAGAGAGAUAGAGAGAGAGUCGAUCCUGGACAGAUAAUGUUCAUCUAGUUUCUUCCAUUUCAUUUUUAAAAAAUCGAAUCCAUGCGUCAAAUGAUGUGUAUAGCCGCAUAGCAAAACAAAAAAAACAACUUCCGAUAAAAUGCGUUGCAGUUAGUCUUGGCGCGCAGUGGUAUGGCGCAGUGGUUAAUGCAAGAGCGAGAGAGAGAUAUAUAUGAGAAGGAUCGUUCAGAACGUCACGUCGUGAGUAGCAAACCCCAUAGGUGAUUGCGCAAUAAUGUGUGUUUGUGUGUGUUUGUGAAAUUACGAAAACUUCCAUUCACUUCCCUAUAUUGUGUAGGAGCAGAAAAACAAAAUAUGUGCAAGUUGUAGUUGGCGGUGGAAGAACAAUAAACAAAAAACAAAAUUGUAUGUAAAGAGUAACUGAAACGCAAAAGAUUUCAAACCCCCGCGAUCAGCGCACGGAAACGAUCGGAAAGAUACAAUAAUAAAUCACGCAACAUCACGCAAAGUAUUAACAACGUUGUGUAAAUGCAUUAUGAGUUUGUUUUGUUUUCACUGUGAAGGCAGGGGUCGGGGUUAACACUUUGCGCUGAAGGAAUUUUGUCGUGCGAAACAGUUUCGUCCUCAUCAUCAUCGUCAGCAUCACCAACGUGUCGCGCUGCGCACGUAAAACAAACAACCAAAACCAGACUCAUACUCCACCUUCCUAAGUGAGACACACUGAGAAAAAAAUGGUGAUUGCAAAACGCGGAAAGGCGGAAUGAACAUCUACGAAAGAAAACAGUUGCAAAAUUGGGUUGGCGUAAUGCAUUAUUAUUAUUUGUUUCGUUUGCUCAGGCCAUAGCAAAGCGAUGAACAUAGGUGCAACAUAGAAAGGCUGCUGCUGAAACCAGAAACUAGCAAGGAUACUACUAAAAUAAUCAAGCACUCACUCACUAGCAAAGACGACAAGAACAAUGUUCUCGAAUUUGGUUUGGUGUUGUUGAAGUGGUAUAGAGAGAAGAAAAAAAAAGAAUUGAAUACAUGGUCCUUUCGCAAGGAAAUUUCAAAUAUACAGGGAUAUUCGAAUGUUUAUUCGUAAAAAAAAACACAUACACACAUACACACGGCCGCCUAUCGCCGCUUUGUUGAUUUGUGCGACCGGAACACAGCAUACACACAAAUAAUAACCGUUCGUGUCCGCUUUUAUUGAGAAGACCGCAUGGCCACAACUAAAGCAAGAUUGUGCCGGAUUUUGUCUGUGGGUGAAAAAAGAGCGAUGGAAAAAAUUGCCGCUCAAAUCUGAUUCCGGCGUAGAGGAAAGAAGGUGUAAAAGAAACCUUAAAUAAUUCGUCCCUUUAGACAAACAAACAAGCGAUGGUAUGGUAAUCAUGAUGAAAACUAAAAAUAUGUAGGUAAGCUUUAGGGCAUUGUAUUAUACGUAGGGCAAGUAACGUAACACAAUAAAACACGCAGUAAAGAGCAAAAAUGGAACGAUAUACGCGUCAUGAUGGGCGGCAACUAAUAAUGGACAUGGAGCAUGGCGUAUAUUAUCCCUGGCGUAAACGCAACUGUAAACGCACUUGUGUCCAUCGGGGAAUCACACAUUUACCGGUUGAUAUACUUGACACACAGAGAUUGGCUUAUCGACGGAACUGUCCGGACGGUAGCAUCGCUCUUCAUUAGCGCAAUUUUUUGGAAAGUUGUAAGAAAAAUGAUGGCAAUAUCUCAAAAAGGCAAGCAGUUACACUCACACACGCAUUCAACCGUUGCUGCUGCUGGUUAUUGUUCAGUUUGAAGUGAUAAUACACCAUUGCUGCGGAUGGUGCUGAAUGAAAUGUUUCAGUUUUAACACACAAAAGCACGAUGAAUGCAUUACACUAAACGAUGGCCAAAAACACGCAUUUAGUGUUUUAUGCUUUAGCAGCUCGGUUCUGUGUUACAAAUCGAGCAAAAUUCAAUGGCGUUACGUUUAAUAAUAAACAACAAUUGGAACAUGUUUGUUAAUUGUUCGUGCAUUUGUUUUAGCAUAGUUUUGUUUUAUAACAACAUGCUUAUGCUGCAUGGAAUAAUACGAUACUUUUUGUUAGCUACUAUUUUCCAACCAACAAAUACUACAGCGAGCUGCGAGUUGGAUGGUUUCGUUGAUUCCCAUUACUUUUUAUUUGUUUUAUUGCUUCAAACGACACACGAUGAUAAAUUGUAAAUCUUCCACCCCAAAAAACUGAAUCUUCUUAUGAUUGUUUAGUAUAACCCAAAUAGACACAGAGUCUACCACUCCGGAAUAAAGUUUAGCAAACCAAUCAUAUGGGUACACGUGUGUUGACAGCGUAAAAUCAAAUGAUGAUAAACAGAACGAUGCUAUUUUGUGUGCGAUCGGGUUAUUAUAUGGCGAGCGUAAGCAGAAGUUCUCCUGUAGAAGUACAUAUUAUCAGAAACUUAUGGAUUAACUGUGCAAUUCUCAAUGCGGAAAAGGGUACACGUGUUUGGGAUGCCAACAUAAAAGGAAUGAAAAUAUAGUAAAAAUAGAUUACAGGAUGUAGCAUGGACUAAAAACAGACUAAACAAAAAUAGCAGCCCCUGUAACAAUGCAAACAUGGAAUCAAAAUCAGUUAGGAAAACAAAGGAUGUGGAUUGUACGCAUAAUACGCUAUAUCAAACAUCAUUCACGUAGAACGUAAAGCAAGGAAAUCGUAACAAAACUCUAUACGCUAAACACCUACUAGAUCCUAGCGCGCCACAGAAAAUAAUAACAUAACAACUACAACAACAGCAACAAAAAACUAAACAAAUACAACCAAAAUCAAACGUACUACACUAGUGUGACGAUACGUGUAAACACGCGAACCUAGAACGUGGACAAAGUAGAAUAACAAAUAACAGUAAACGAAAAGAUCUAAAAUCCUGAUACAAUGCAGAAUGAACGAAAAAAAACAAACAAAAAUCAACAUGUCUCUUACCGUUGACGCCCCAGCAAAGAAAGGCAUAAAACAGUACUCCAAACUGCAAUUGCAUUCAAACAUGCAACUAUGAUGCGUAUGAAAA